AAUGAGUUGUUUGUUUACAGCAUGAUAUUCGGCCCUCAAGUCCACCUGACCACAUUGAUCACGUGACCGAACCGUGUCACAUGACGCACGCACGACCAGUAACCAGGAAGGGAAACGCCUCAAGAGAGCGAGAGAGAGAGAAGCUGACGCUGUGACAUCGAGUGUGUUCAUUCCAGAUGGCGACUGAAAAGAAGCUGAAGGACAACCACCUGACCUGUGUCAUCUGUACAGAGGUGUAUACAGAUCCUGCGACACUUCAGUGUAAUCACACAUUCUGUAAGUCCUGUCUGCUGAAAUACACCAAAACACAGUCUGAAGCAACACAUGCCAGGUCCAUCCCAUGCCCCUCCUGUAGACAACAGACAAAGAUGACCAACCCUGACAGUCCAGUAGAGGAGUGGGUCAGUCAUCUGAAACCAAACCAUGUCAUACAGAGUCUGAUGGACGAUUUUGGACCAGGGACAGAAGCCUCGGAGACAGGAGAACGCAGUGUCUGUAGGAACCAACAAAAGAAGACUCCAGCAACAUCAUGGUGCUCCUCUUGCGACUCCUCCUUCUGUGAUGACUGCUUGACCUUGCUUGGAGCGAUGCCAUUUUCUCGUGACCAUGAAGUUGUCGUUUUAUCUGAAUCCACCAAAUUCAAAAUGACACCAAAGUGUUCAUUCAUGUGCAAACAUCAUCUCAGCAAACAGAUCGACCUCUUCUACAAAUACUACAGACCAGCACCAAGAAGGGUUGUAUUCACACACGAUAUGGUAAAAGUAGCUAAAGGAGUUGAUGAACUUUAUCUGGGCGAUGCUGAAGCCGUCCAAGAAGUGUGUGAUCGUGAAUCUGUCCCUACCUUGUAUCAAACCAUUCACUGUAAGAAAGUGCAUGGCAUGGCGCAUCCAAUGUUUAAGGACAUAACAGCAUUGGCUGUUGAUGGUAUAAAGGUUGCUGUGGUUGUUGAUUAUAUUAACAAGGGACUUUUCACAUAUUACACACAUGACAGACAUGGUCCUAAAUACAUUAAGCUUUCUGCCGGUCCUUGCACAAUAAUACAGUUAACUAAAUGGCACGUAGCUGUUACUGUUCCAUACAGUAAUGAAAUAGUUAUUGUGAAGGUUUACCCAGAGCCUGUAAUACUGUCCACUAUCAAAACAAACCGAUCUUACUACGGUCUAGCCUGUCUGAGUCCUUCGCGGCUGGUGGCAGGUGGAAUAGAGAGGACUGAUAUACUUGACAUGGAAGGGAAUGUGCUGAAAUCUAUCAACACAGGGAAGGUAUCUAGUCCCGACUAUAUCCAUGUCACCGGAAAUCGGAACCUGAUAGUCAGUGAAGAGAAAAAUAAAUCGCUUGUAUCUGUGACAAGUGACGGACAAGUUGUUUUCACCUGCCCUCCCACAGGAGACUGUGCUCUGAAAUAUCCUCAAGGCAUCACAACAACCAGCACUGGAGACAUCCUGGUUGUAGACAGAGACUCUCACAAGGUGAUUCAGCUGACAGAGUCAGGGGAGUUUGUCAGAGACGUUCUCACUGCACGGGAUGGUAUUGAUUCUCCCCGUGGAAUAUGUUUGGACACAGACGGCCUGUUGUACAUAACCUGCCAUAACUGUUGGAAAAUAUUCAGAUUUUAAAACUUUCAUUUUGAAAACUGAAAGUGCUUCAACCUUUGCCUGUGUGUUUUUCAAAGAAAGCCCAACAGAGAAAGUGUUUUGAAUGUAUGUUUGCUUAUGGCAUAUGUGAAUGUGAGUACCCGUGUAAUGUGAUACAAAGUUUGCGGCGUCGUAUUCCGGCUGAAACAGAAGACUGUAAGGCGUCGUAUAUGAAAUCAGAAAUGAUGCAAAUACGAACUACAGUGGUAAGACACAGAGACUUACACUGAGAAAUAUAUAUCAUUGAUGUAUCUUAGUUGCUUUAUGUAAAUAUUUAUGUAAAUAUUUGUGAAGUAGUUAGAUUCUUAUAAGAAAGUACAGCCAGUGAUUUCCCUUUCCUCUCUCUCCCUCUCUCUUCCCCCUCUCUCUCUCUCUCUCUCUCUCUCUCUCUCUCUCUCUUCUCUCUCAUUGAGUGCGCUUAUAUACUACUGAAAUAAAGUAACAGUGCAAUA